AUGUGUGCCCAUUCCAGGUCCAAGGAGCUGAUAAAGGAAGCAAUCCUUGACAAUGACUUCAUGAAGAACCUGGAACUGUCCCAGAUCCAGGAGAUUGUGGAUUGUAUGUACCCCGUGGAGUAUGGCAAAGACAGCUGCAUCAUCAAGGAGGGAGACGUGGGUUCCCUGGUGUACGUCAUGGAAGAUGGGAAGGUUGAAGUGACAAAGGAAGGAGUGAAGCUGUGCACCAUGGGGCCUGGCAAGGUUUUUGGGGAGCUGGCCAUCCUCUACAACUGCACCCGGACCGCCACUGUCAAAACUCUCGUAAAUGUGAAACUUUGGGCUAUUGACCGGCAAUGUUUUCAAACAAUAAUGAUGAGGACUGGCCUCAUCAAGCAUACUGAGUAUAUGGAAUUUUUAAAAAGCGUUCCCACAUUCCAGAGCCUUCCCGAGGAGAUACUCAGUAAGCUUGCAGAUGUCCUUGAAGAGACACACUAUGAAAGUGGAGAGUACAUCAUCAGACAAGGAGCUCGAGGGGACACCUUCUUCAUCAUCAGCAAAGGGAAGGUGAACGUCACUCGGGAAGACUCCCCCAGUGAAGAUCCCGUCUUCCUCCGCACCCUGGGGAAGGGAGAUUGGUUUGGAGAGAAAGCCCUUCAAGGCUCCUUCAAGCAUCUCAUCGGCGGCCUGGAUGACGUUUCCAACAAAGCCUAUGAAGAUGCAGAAGCAAAAGCAAAAUACGAAGCCGAAGCUGCCUUCUUUGCCAACCUGAAGCUGGCCGACUUCAACAUCAUCGACACCCUGGGAGUCGGAGGCUUCGGCCGAGUGGAGCUGGUCCAGCUGAAGAGCGAGGAGUCGAAGACGUUCGCCAUGAAGAUCCUGAAGAAGCGUCACAUCGUGGACACGCGGCAGCAGGAGCACAUCCGCUCCGAGAAGCAGAUCAUGCAGAGUGCCCACUCCGACUUCAUCGUCAGCAGAGGUUCGUUUGAGGACUCCACGACCAGGUUUUACACGGCGUGUGUGGUGGAAGCUUUUGCCUAUUUGCAUUCCAAAGGGAUCAUUUACAGGGACCUCAAGCCAGAAAACCUCAUUCUGGAUCACCGAGGUUAUGCCAAACUGGUCGAUUUUGGCUUUGCAAAGAAAAUAGGAUUUGGAAAGAAAACAUGGACUUUUUGUGGCACCCCGGAGUACGUGGCCCCCGAGAUCAUCCUGAACAAAGGUCACGACAUUUCAGCAGACUACUGGUCACUGGGAAUCCUAAUGUAUGAGCUCCUGACUGGCAGUCCCCCCUUCUCAGGCCCAGACCCCAUGAAGACCUAUAACAUCAUAUUAAGGGGAAUAGACAUGAUUGAAUUUCCAAAGAAGAUUGCCAAAAAUGCUGCUAAUUUAAUUAAAAAACUAUGCAGGGACAAUCCAUCAGAAAGAUUAGGGAACUUGAAAAACGGCGUGAAAGAUAUCCAAAAGCACAAAUGGUUCGAAGGCUUUAACUGGGAAGGGUUACGGAAAGGGACGCUGACUCCUCCCAUAAUACCAAGUGUCGCAUCUCCGACGGACACGAGCAACUUCGACAGCUUCCCGGAGGACAGUGACGAGCCACCCCCUGACGACAACUCAGGAUGGGACAUAGAUUUUUAAUGUCUUUCUCUUACCUGCUUCUGCCUUGCUGAGGACAGCUCUCCUGGGACGUGGCUGCCAGCGAAACCGAGAGAACGGAACUGGGGAGGAUUCGUGCUCGGGGUCACCAUGAUGCCUUGAUUGAUGCUGCUACAGGAACUCCAGUGGCAUUAGGACUUACUGCUUAGAUGACAAUAGUGCUCUUCAUGUUUUCUGUUCGAACACAACCUGGGGGUUGACAUGGUGGUCCUGACACAGAGCCUUUCACCGGUAGAGAAACACGUUUUCUGUCGCCGCCGAGGUCUUGCGACGCUCUUAAUUACCAAGGUCAGGAGAUACGUUGUGUAAGACACACCCAAUUGUAGCUGCGAGGUACUGGCUUUAUCAGUAGGAUCAGUAGUAAUUUAUUCAGUGCUGUAGCCAAAUACAGUGCAGGAUUUGGGCUAUUCCCACCCUCCCAGCUCCGCGGGGCUCCCUCCCAGUGUCGGAGCGGAGGAGGCCACGGCGGGCCCGGCCAAAGAGUUCAUGUCAAAGCAGUGGUGAAAUGUGUCCUUUUCCUUUCUGAGCAGAACCACGACAAGACUGAAUGUUACCUUUC